AUGGGAAAGAACGUACAUGUCGAGUUUGGGGCGACAGCGGAUGAGGUGCUUGUAUGGAGCGACUUUGCGGCGUGCUUGAAAGUCUGGUGCUUGAGGACUGGACGCGCGGUCGAGAUACGAGAUCCAAAGUUCCCAGGGAAAGAGAACAGAGGCUGGGCAUAUCGACCGUCUGGGUCCUCAAAACAUGGCAGAGGGCAGGUCAUGGCGCUGCUAUGUCGCACCUCUGGAGUUGAUGUCCUUCUCCUUCUCUCUGCACAGACAUACACCAUCCUCUCGCGCGUCGAGCUCCCCACACUCGACGCAGCCAACCUCAAAUGGAGCCGCGAUGGCCGUUGGCUCGCAGUCUGGGACGCCGCAUCCACCGGCUACCAUCUGCAUAUCUACACCGCAGACGGUAACCUCUACCGCACCAUAACCCGCGAACCCUCCGACGACCUCGACGCCUGGGGCAUAGAAGGCCUCGGUAUCAGAUCCGUGGAAUGGCUCCCCGGCAACGAGAAACUCGCCGUCGGCGGCUGGGACCGACGCGUCCGCAUCCUGUCCACCCGCACUUUUGCGCCCGUAGUGUUUCUCGACCACACGCCGGUAAUACACGUCCCCGACGCCCCCGUGUACACCGAACAUAUCGACGGUCAGGGAAAUAGAAGCUACAUGCCCACCCCACAACCCGCCACGCCGCCCAAACCCCCUCUCGAGAAGAACGAAUCGGCGUUGAUGAAGCAAGGCAUCAGCUUGUUGAUGUUCAACGCCGACGCUACGCUGUGCGCAACGAGAGAUGAUGCAUCGCCCAGCACGCCGCCAGCAAUUCUCGACUUUGAAGCACAUAUCGCUAAACCUGCGACUUCGGUGCCUGCACGCUGGCACGUCUCGUGGCUCCCUUCCCCAUCCCCCUCCUCAUCAAAAGAAGAUAAGAAACCACUCUUCCUCCUCGCACACCAACACGCCUACAUCCUCGUCUGGCCCGCCGGCAAGGACAAGAUUUUGCGCUUCGAGCGAGAACAGGGCGAGGAGAGCGACGAUAGCUUGUUCGAGAUAUUGACGGGCAGGAGGGAGGCGCCGCGUUUGAGCGGAGGGGUGGAGUUGGAUAGGGACAGGGAGGAGGAGCAGGGGUUGGAUGAUACGUUUCGCGGGAAGGGUGGGAGAAGAGAAGUAGGUGGGGAGGAGGGAGGGGGGUUGGGCGAAAGCGGCAUGAGUGAGAUGUUUUGA